AUGGCAUUGUAUCCUAACUGCUCUCCUCAAGAUUAUUUCCUCAAUACAUCCUUCUAUCGCGCUGAAGAAUCGCCAGUAACAAAAAAUAUUCUUUUAAGCAUACUAUCUACACUAGCUGUCUUAGCCAUAGGCGGUAAUUCGCUAGCAAUUCUUGUCGUCUAUCGUACUCGAUCAUUACACGAUCCAUCAGGUAUUCUUCUUGCUGGAUUAGCAUCGAUAGAUUUAGCCGUAGGAAUAGUUUGUAUUUUAACUUCUGUGAUAUAUCACUGCUUGGACGGAUAUAUCAUUUCCGAGACUAGUUGCAUAAUCCGCGGAUAUCUUAUCACAACUCUUAUUGGCGCAUCUUAUAGCACGGUUGCUCUUAUUGCUCUUGAUCGAUGUUUUGCUAUACAUAAGCCAUUACAUUAUCGACUUUAUGUUACUAAUAAACGAAUACUUCAAGUUCUUAUUACGAAUAUAGUAUCAAUAGGAAUAUUAUCUGCUAUGCCAUUCGCGGGAUUACAAGAUCAAGGUUUAGGCCAAUUUGAAUACGUCCAUUAUAUAUCUGGUUGUUGGUUAGAUAUUACUAACCAUCCUAAAAAUUUUCUUUUUUCUCUCUUUAUUGCACUAGCAGUCAACUGUAUAUUAAUGAUAGUUAUUAUAGCUUAUAUCGUGAUACUAAUUGAAGCUCAACGUAUAGAUCGAAAGUUAGUUCUCUUAAAAUCGUCGUUUGCUGAAAAGAGGCAAUGGUUAAGAAAAUCGACACGAACAACUUUACUGUUAAUCGGAGUGUUUUUAAUAUGCACUAUCCCAUCCUCAGCUUUUACACUAUUAGCUAUUAUCCAUUGUAAACCUAUUGCGUCUCCAUUAACGUAUAAAAUUUUAAUUCACUGGGGAAUUUAUAUCAACACGACAAUCAAUCCAUUUCUAUUUGGAUUCACCCAUAAAGAUUUUCGGCAAGGUUACCGCCAUGUAUUUUCACGAUUUUCAUUAUUGGGAACAAGAGUCUCUCAUGUUCAUUUCAAUCAGUAA